CAAGGUUUUUCUUUCUGAAUCUCAAUCUUCGUUCAGUUCAUCUUUAUUUUCAUUCGUAUAGAUUAAAAAAAUGACUAAAAGUGAAACCUGUUUACAAGUUUGUUCACUAUCAUCAAAAAUUCUGAAACCAAAAGAUAUUACAAAACCUAAACGAAGAAUAAACCUCCGUAUCUCCGUUCAAGAAGUUCUGAAAGUUAAGUCCAAGUUCUUGCCGAUAUCUAGCAACAACAAUGGUGGCAUGGCUCGAGAAGAUUUUGAAGAAUUAUGUGUUCUUGGGCGUGGAAAUUAUGGGGUCGUUUACAAGGUACGGCACCGCUUAACUUCAGAAAUUUACGCCUUGAAAGUCAUUCAAGAAGAUAUUUCUACUGCAUCGAACCCUAAUCUCUCACAAGAGAUAGAGAUCUUAACGGGUUCGGAUUCGCCUUUUCUUACCAAAUGCUAUGGGGUUUUCGACGCUAAAGUCGGCGAAAAAGCGAUUCUAUUGGAGUAUAUGGAAGCCGGAACAGUUGAAACCCUACUUAGAAACCAUGGUCCUUUCCCGGAGUAUAUACUCGGCCAUAUUGCUUACCAAGUGCUGAAUGGUCUUAAUUAUCUCCAUGCCCGUAAUAUAGCCCAUCUCGAUAUCAAGCCUGCAAAUCUUCUGGUAAAUAAGGAUCUGAAGGUCAAAAUUAGUGAUUUUGGAAUUAGCAAAAUUGUUAGCAAGAAUGCAGAUUGUGAAUACCUUGGGAGCCAAGGAACAUAUGCUUAUAUGAGUCCUGAAAGGUUAGAUUCUGAGGCAUUUGGGUUAGGGUUUCCGUUUGCGGGUGACGUAUGGUCUUUAGGUGUUAGUUUGUUGGAGUUAUGUAUUGGCCAUUUUCCAUUUUUUCCGGCUAAUCAGAAACCUAAUCUGGUGGAGAUUGUGAUGAAGAUUUGUUAUGGAGAAUUAGAUGAUUUUUUGCCGGAGGCCGCAUCGGAAGAGUUUUUGAGUUUCCUCAGGUGUUGCUUGGAGAAACAUCCCAGUAAGAGAUGGUCUUCUUCUCAAUUGCUGACUCAUCCUUUCAUUUGUAUGGACAGAGAUCCAAUUCCAAGUAGUUUGCUGGACUAA